CGAAAAGAGUAGGCAGGUGGCCACGGAAGGGUUGAUGGUGGUGGCGGGUAUCAGCCUCAAGACCCAACACCCCUCGCUGCCUGGCAGCUGAGUCAACUAGAAGCUGCAGCUCGGGGCCCGUUGGGGCCCUGGGCUGCGGUCUGGCAGGGGCCGGGGGAGGCUGGGAAGCCGGGGCCCCUCUUCUGAAGCAAAAAUAGCCGGCGGUGGUUAAAGCUUGGAGGGUGAGUCAGGCCUGGAGCCUAACCCCUUCGCUGCAACGUUGGUUCUCAGACUAGGCGGCCCCAAGGCAGUCGUCUUUGACUCCGAUUCCGCCUCCGCCACCCAGGCCACUUCAACUUAGAUCCGGCCCCUGGGGUCUGAUUCUGGGUAGCCACCUAAAUGAGAGCUUAAACUCAGAGAGUCCUCCGGAACCAGCCGGAUCGUAGGUGAUGUCUGCACAGAUGCGGAGGUUUAAGAGGAUUGGGGAGACGGUUGGAAGUCCUGGGCUAGCGGGCCAUGGAGGGUCACGGGAAGAAAUAGCUGAGCAGAAAGGAAUUGGCUGUGAAGAAAGCUGCGUUCCUAGGUUUUGGACAAUCCCAGCGGGGCUGUUCUCCCCUGUUCUGAGGCAACCUGUCCCCCGUGCUCUCACAUGGGCUGGCCCGAAGCCGCAAGACAUCACACAGUGUGCCAUAGAUUCCCAGCUCCUGCCCCUUCUCAUUGAGGAGCUUCUUGUAGCAGCGUCCCUAUUCACCCUGUUCCUAGGGGAGGGAAACUGGAACAAAGCGGCAAAAGUCCUGGUUACUAACAGCCACCUACCGCCCUUCCAGCAAUAAGGCGUUAAGUAUGGAACUGAUUCUGAAGAAGUUGCCGCUGGAGCCAGCAGGCCCUGGCCAGGACAUGACGGAGGAGCCACGGUUAUGGCCUCUGCCCUCAGGCCUCGCCGGGCUCCUACUCCUCUUCUUCUGCAGUAGAGCAUUGAGCAAUGAAAUCCUGGGGCUGAAACUUGCGGGGGAGCCUCCGCUCACUCCCAACACGGUGUGCCUAACGCUGCCUGGUCUCAGUAAGCGGCAGUUCGGCCUGUGCCUGCGCAGCCCCGACGUGACAGCAUCCGCGCUACAGGGCCUGCACCUCGCGGUGCACGAGUGCCAGCACCAGCUUCGGGAUCAGCGCUGGAACUGCUCUUCCCUGGAGGCCAGCGGCCGGCUGCCCCACCACAGCGCCAUCCUCAAGCGGGGUUUCCGAGAGACUGCCUUCUCUUUCUCCAUGCUAGCUGCUGGGGUCAUGCACUCAGUGGCCAUGGCUUGCAGCCUUGGUAAACUGGUGAGUUGUGGUUGUGGCUGGAAAGGCAGUAGAGAACAGGACCGGCUGAGAGCCAAACUGUUACAACUACAGACACUCUCCCGUGGCAAAAGUGCCCCUAACUCCCCAGUUGGCCUUGGACCCAAUUCAGGCACCAUCCCUGGUCCCCAGGAUACAUGGGAAUGGGGUGGCUGCAACCAUGACCUGGACUUUGGGGAAAAAUUCUCUAGGGAUUUUCUGGAUUUGAGAGAGGCUCCACGAGAUAUCCAGGCACGAAUGAGGAUCCAUAACAACCGGGUGGGGAGACAGGUGGUGACUGAGAAUCUGAAACAGAAGUGUAAAUGCCAUGGCACAUCAGGCAGCUGCCAAUUCAAGACCUGUUGGAGAGCAGCACCAGAGUUCCGGGUUGUUGGGGCAGCACUUAGGGAACGAUUAAACCGGGCAGUCUUCAUCAAUGCCCACAACCGAAACUCAGGUGCCUUCCAGCCCCGGCUUCGCCCUCGCCGGCUCUCGGGUGAGCUUGUCUACUUUGAGAAGUCGCCUGACUUUUGUGAUUGGGAGCCAGCCCUGGGAUCACCAGGCACACAGGGACGUGUCUGCAACAAGACCAGUCGCCUCCUGGACGGUUGUGGGAGUUUGUGCUGUGGAAGAGGGCAUAACGUUCUCCGCCAGACCCGUGCUGAGAGAUGCCACUGCCGUUUCCAUUGGUGCUGUUAUGUUCUCUGUGAUGAGUGCCAGGUCACUGAGUGGGUAAAUGUCUGCAAGUGAGAGGGACACAUCCCCAUCUCCCACCCUAAUUCACACUAUGGAAACUGAGGAAAGGGAAGGGCUCUCUUUAGCCCUUUGAAGCUUGGUUUAUUCAUCAGUACCUCCCCAGAAAUAGUUUCAGGGAGUGAAAACUUGAUGGGUCAGUAAGAUGUCCUUUCUUGUUUUCCCUCUAUAAUUAGAGGAUUGGGAAGAAAGAUCUGAAACUCCUACCCUUGUCAUGCCUUAUUCUAUGCCUUUCACAUUCGGGGAUAGGCAAGGAUGAAAUUCACUGUGGUGUCACCCAACUACUUGAUUGUACAUCUUCUUGCUCCCUAUGGAAAAACCCAUGAUUCCCGACCCUUGGGUGAGUGAGGAUUAUACAAUGUAUGUACCAUGUAAUGUAUCCAGGAGUUGGGCAGAACCAUUAAUGCCUGUAUUCUAAGAACCAUCCACAUGUGUCUAAUCUUCUCACAAUUCUAUCAAGUAGUCUUGGGUCUCCUGUUAUGAAGUAAUAGAAGAAAGCAAAGUAGAAGGGGAUCUAUUUCUGGAAAGUGCCUAAAUAACUGGGAAUCGUUCCUUAGAACAUGCCUGUUCCAACCCUUUAGUUUCCCAAGUCUUCCUCCUUUUCUACUGAAUCCUAAAGGAGAUGUUCUAGAGACUAGGACUUUCUGAUCUUUUCUGUCUUCCCCAGAAGAAGGGGAGGGAACAGAUAAUUUAUUUUGCUGAGACUUGUUCUUGGAUGCUCUUUGUAAUUGAAAUAAAUUAAAAUCAAGUCGCUGAGCUAGUGGCGACAGAUGUGAAAUAUCUGUAUGUCCAGGAUUCCUAUUCCUACCUUUUUUUUCCCAACAUGAUUCAACUUCCAAUCUCAGUGGCCUCUAGCUUAUGGGGACCCAUAACAUUAACUGGGAAAAGGAAAAGAUUUCUGGCUAUGCUAGGUCAGAGUGUCAUGCCUUAUUUUGCCAUUGGUUUGUUCUACACUCUAUAAAGCACAGAACCCUAAAUAUUUUGGACUGUUGUCUUGGAGUUUCUCCUUGGCCAUAACCAGAGGCUAUGAUAUGGAUCUUCUAAUCAGCUCCAGACUGAUACCCAAGUUUCAAUCUAGUUUAGACUUAAAAGAAAGGAAACUUUACUAUUUUUUCUAGAUUGGAAAAUUAAGAAGGCAGAACAGGAAACAGGGAACAAUCAAUUCUUUUUUACAAUAUGGUAAAAAAUAAUUCAGCUCUCUUUAAGAAAACUGGUCAGAUGUGAAUAGAAAGAGGAAUCUUUUUAUUCUAAACUUUUUCUAUCCCUGUCCUAAUUUCACAGAAAAUAAUCAGAACAAAUGUCAGUGAAGAAGAGAGUAUGCAGAUAUAUGUAAAUGAAUUGCAUAUUCAUAAGGAUGAAAGUCCUGCACUUUUAAAAUUAUUUCCUCAGAUUUUGAAAGUAGAAUCUCUUCUCCUCUAUACUAUGGCUAUAAAUACUAUUCAGAAAGCUUCUGAAGUUCUGAGAAUUCUUAGGAAAUCAGGAGACUUCCUAGUGUAUAGUAAGGUGAAUAUUUCUCUGGGAAUCCCCAGUGAAAUUUUACUUGAAAAAUCAGGUAACUAGAUAGUAGUCUUAAAAAUCACUUAAAUCAAUUCCAUCAUUUUCUAGAAGAAGAAAGUGUGACCUAGAAAAGUUAAGAGGAAAUUCUCUAAGGUCAUACAGUCAGAGUAGUGAUCCAUUCUAGGUCUCGUUCCAUUUUUAGUUCAAUCAUUAACUUUGAAGUUGAAGAUGUCUGCUGGGAAGGGAUCUGUGGAUUUGAAUGGAGUUCAUUCUCUGGGUAUUUCUGAUAUCCAGUAGGAUUAUCCAUAGUAGGUAGACUUGCUUUAUUUUAUCCCAUGGCCAAUCACAGGAAACACAUCACAGGCCCUUAUCUUCCUUUUCCAGAUUCCUCUCCCUUUCUUUCUAGCUCUCUCUCUGCUUUUCUCAGACACACUCUCUGGCAGUCUGAAAUCCCAAACCACAACCUUGAGAAAUUCCAAAUAGAUUUUGUCAGCAAGGCCAACACUCUCCACCCUCAUCCCAGCUCCUCUGGCACAUGCACUGGGCUCAGGCCCAGGCCCGGGGUCAGUGACAGUGACUGAGAGGAUGCAGCCCACAGGGCGGGUGCAGCAAUUUCAGGCUUUGCUCAACUCCAGUGGCACAGAAUGGGAGGGAAGAAGGGAAGAACUGAAGUAAUGCCUCCCUUCUGCACACCCACCUUCUGGUUAAUGGGAGGGAAUUGUGGGGAAGGAAAAAGGGUAAGUUCAAUGAUUGUCAGAUGGAGCUUCAAAAGGAGGAAGCUGCCCUUCGGCAGAAAUGUUCUCAACUCCACUUCUAUUUACCCUGAGUGGGGAAUCCCCACAGAUCUUGGAGUAGACAUUUCUUUUUGCCAAAGACCUUAAAAGCACAAAGACAAAAGGACUGAGAGCUUCCCUUGGAAAGGAUACUGUUCCUGACCACAUUAGGGUCCUUAUCUCUAUCCUCCUCUUGGCAGUUGGAUUUUUGGUUCAAAAGUAUCCCUGGCUUAGAGUAGAAGCAUUGGAUAAAAGCCAGCCCACCACUGUGAAGAGCUCCACUUCCUUGCCAGACCUCCACAAAAGCCAAGUUGGUUCGGUGGGAGAGUUAGAGAAGAGUGUUGGACAAUUCUUUGAUAAAAAUUGGAGUUGAGGUGAAAAUGGGGCCACACCAGCUAUAUCCCUAUAAAGAUUCAAUGAAAGGGAUAAAAAAGAUGAAGCAAUUGUGUGUUAUGUAAACACUCAUGGAAUUCGGGUAAGACAUGGGGGGGAAUGUUUAUCACUGAGGUCAAAUGCUGGUGGGAUUAAGUCGGAUUUCUCUUGCACCCCUAUGCCAAAUAACAGUAAAGUUCCUGCAAAUUGAAAUUAGAGCUUUGAGCUGAUUUUUAGCUAUAGUUCAGUCAUUCAGCCUUGUCUGACUCUUAGUGACUCCAUGGAUUAUAGAAUGGGAAGUCCUUCUCUUCUCCACUAUCUGUAAAAGAUUAUCCAAGUUUAUUUUUGUUGUUAUCAUAACACUAUCCAUCUCAUCCUCUGCCAUUCCUUUUUCCUUUCACAAGUCUAAUAUUUCCCAACAGUAAGGUCUUCUGCAAUGAGUCCUGUCUUCUCAUUAUGUGGCUAAAGUAUUUAAGCUUCAGAUUUAGUGUUUGACAUUCCAGUGAAUGAAUUAAUUUCUAAUUGACUAAUUUGACCUCCUUGUUUGUGCAAGGGACUCUCAAAAGUGUUUCCCAGCACCAAAAUUCGAAAGCAUUAAUUUUGUCGUGCUCAGCUUUCCUUAUGGUCUAACUCUCACAAUCAUACAUUGCUAGUGGAAAAACCAUAGUUUUGACUCUAGAGACUUUUUUUUGGCAAGAUGAUGUCUCUGCUUUUUAGUAUGUUUUUCAGAUUUGUCAUAACUUUCCUUCCAAAGAGGAAGCAUCUUUUAACAUUCUGAUUGCAGUCACCAUCUGUAGUGAUCUUUGCACACAAAAAUAUAAAAUCUAAUGCUGCUUCCAGUUUUUCUAUU